ACAUCAGGAAGAUAAGUACCAGUCAGAUAACUUUAAAGCGAUCCAACUUAAACGAAGGCAGCAAAAUUCGUCAUGGUGCCUAAUCAACUGAUCCCAGCUUUAUUGGUUCUUGUGCUCGUGCUUGCUUCAGUUGCCGAGGCUCAGCUGAGAUGCUACCAAUGUAACUCGUACCGGGACGGCGCUAGGGGAUCUCUGUGCCACAAUCCCAUGGCUCCCAAUGUUUCUACGGUGGUUUGCAGCUCCGACGAAGUUUGUUCCACGGUUUCCUAUAUAACUGGACAAAUCCUGGUUACUUCCAGGGCGUGCGAUCCAAGAUCAAACUCUUGUCGCAACAUCGAAAGCGGACUUCGGGCAUUAUAUCCAGACCUGAGCAGGUUCUAUUGUUCAACAUGCUCAUCAAACUUUUGCAAUUCCGCAGGAAAAGUGGGGAUUUCAAUGGUGCUUGCCAUAGGCUGCCUGUUAAUGUCCAGGGUGAUUUGAACAAGGGAAAAUAUAUGAUUUGAUCAGGAUUCAAUGAGUUUUAUGUUAAGGCUAAGAGCAUGACUUUGUUGUGAAAGUUUUUGAUAUUUCGCCAAUAGGGCGGUGAGUGCAAAAUUUCUUUGAAUCAAUAAAUAAUCUACUGGAUGAA